UUCAUUGAGAAGUGUGGAUGUCUUGUUUUUCCAGGGGCAGUUGAAUUAUAGGAUCAAAAGGGUCUCAAGAUCACAUUUGCUCCCAAAUUCCCAGUACCAGAAUCUUAACAGGGAUUUUGAACAAUUGAUGAAUACGAGGUGUGAUUCGGGCACUUAUUUUUUAAUUAAGCUCAAAGAAAGAUUCGUUCGACUAUGAGUGAGUUUGGUACUGAAAGAUCGAGGCCAUGGAACAUAUAUACGAGUUCGGAUCCGAGUCCAUCUCAAGCAGUAGCAGCCGACAAGGGAACUCCUUGGAAAAGCUUUGGAACAUCCAUGAAUGCAAUUUCUUUUGGAUUUGUUGCUACAGCCAUCUUGAUAUCGAUGUUUCUCAUAAUGGCCAUCUUCGAACACCUUUUCCGGCCUAAUCCCGCUUUCUCUUCACCCGAUCACGUUACGAACGGUGCUUUACGACCCGGGACGGUUCAGAAACUUGGGAAUCAAGAAAGGGUAUCGGCACCACACGCAUCCGAUUUCUCGGUAGUGAUGCCGGGAGAGCGGCAUCCGACCCACAUUGCGCAACAUGCUCCUCGCCCAUGCCCAAGGGAAGGCAUCUAUUGGCCACCGCAUGAACAUAAUUUUGUGUCCCCCCAAGUGUAAUUACAAAACCAAGCAAAGCAUCAUCAAGGAUGUAUGUAUAUUUUAUCAACACAUGCUCACUUUCUAUAUAUAUAUACUAUCGUUAUCCAAUGAAAAUAUUGUAUCUUGAAGCUGCUUUGCGAGAGAAAUCUACUCCAUGCUUUGCAGGAUGUAGGAACAAAUCUAUUCUUGAUAAUAAACUUGCCUGAUGAACAAUCUGAAAGAGCAGAAUCCCUCUUAUAAAUUCAGGGUUUGCAGAAAAAGGGUUUGCAUUGAUACCGGAAAUUACAGAGGGGGAGUUUUCCGGGGGAGGGGGGGUUGGCCCACCAAGGCAAACGGGUAAAUUAUUUGAG